AUGGACGCCUCUUCCAACGCCGCCGAAGCGCGAGCGACCGCCAUCGCCAAACUCAAACGCGCUGCCUCACUACCACGCAUGAAAGACGGCCGGCGCCCUCCAAUGCAUGUCGAGGCCGUCAGUGAAGGCGAGCGCUCCCAGGGAGAGAGCAGGAGUGGGAGUGAGGAGCCGAGAGGACGGGCAGGAGCGACGGACGGCGCGGUGGAGAACAACGCCGUAGUGGAGAACAACGGUGAGCAUUCGCAAAUCUCAGCGCCACACACGGAGGAAGAACACCCAAGCGAAAUCGCCGAAGGACCGCAAAACGAGGACGCCGAUGGAGAUGAGGGGGAUCCAGGAGCUGUUGGGAUCGGCAACGCGGAGGAUACCGUCAAGACCCCGCGCAAACGGAGAUCACGGUCCCGCACGAGGUCAAGAGGUUCAAAAGACUUCAAGAACAAACUCGCAAAGCAGUCGCCGCUCAUCACCUUCGGCGCCGAGUCUUCGGCAGACGAGUAUCACAACUCGGGCCCUGGCGAAGACCCUCCCCCGUCGCCCCCACUAGUGUCCCCAAUCCCAUCCAACAUAGCUGGUUUCCCACCUUCCCGCUUCCUGCGCUCGCCCAUUAGUCCCGUUGCCCCCCUCUACUACCCCGGCACGAAUCCUUCUACUCCCCUUCCGUCGCUCGAUGACCUCCAGAAAGGUGUCGGAAUGGGGCUCUUCCGGUCAAACAGUGCGGGUGCUGCCCGUGCCAUGGCCAUGUCCAAGCUCACUGGUGGAACCGGGCCCUUCGACCUCUCCUUUAUGGCUUCCCAGUCGCCAACACCUGCUUCUAAGCUGAUGAGGAACAACACGGUGGCGGGUGGAGAGCGUGCAGCUGUCCGAGGUAUGCUCUUUCAGCGGCUUGGCGGCCGUAUCAACAAUCAGACGGACGGCGAGCAGACAAGUGGUGGGGAAGAGUUGAUUCAACCCGAAGCUACGAAGAAGAAGCGUCGACGGCGACGCAACUCGUCACGUCAAAGCGCCGUCGUUGACGAUCGCGAGGAUCGCGACACCUCAGUUACCGCACCGACCACCCCCAGCGUACCCUCUUCCCCUCUUCCCCCCUUCCUCCGCCAGACCCCCGAACCUCAGCGCCCGCCUUCUUCGAAUGGUCGCGUGGUGAAUGGGGAAUCAUCACGAGCCCCUUCGCGAUCAGCUUCCCGGAUGGCCGUCAACGAUGGUUUGUACAACUACGAGACACCCAUGGGUCACCGGGGAGUCGUGAUUGAAGACGAGGACGAAGAGGCGGAACGGCCGCUCCGCCUUCCCGUCACCCCUGCGCGUAACUUCCGUCCCGUCCCAGGCCUGCGCCUUCCUCACAGCUCAGACGCACCGUCGAACGCAUCAACAGAGUCAGCACCCACUCCAGCGGGAGCUGUCGUUGUACCUAUGUUCAUGUCCAACAACCCGAGCAUGCGUGGCGAGAUGUUCCCGGCUAGUCCAUUCCAGACCCCGUUGAAGGAGCAGGAACCCGCUCUGCCCGACGAAGAAGAGAUGCCGUACUUGGAUCCCAGAAGUAGAAGCCGUCUGGGGCCCAGUAGUGCCUUUGACAGAGACAGCGAGAUUAGUUGGGUAGCCGAGCUUGUCACGGAACGUCCGCUUGCCGAUGACUCCGACGACGAGGAUGAGGACGACGAGGACGAGGACGAGCCGCAAGAGGUCGAGCCAGAAGAGGAUGCCGACGAGUCGUUUGGUGAGGGUGCAGAAGAGCGGUCUUCUCGUGAGUACGAAGGGGAGCGUCCCCAUGCCCCCAAACCCCUCAUCGUCGACGUCGACACAUCUCCGGACUUCAAUCCUGACAAUGACCUCGCCUCGCCUACUUCUCCCAUUGAACUCAACGAGCAACCUCCUUCUGCUGGCCUCCCCCCUUCUCCUCCGACAUAUCCCAUGCGUUUGUCGGUCGCACGGUCACCCUCGGCUAGUGCAGACUACACGGAUUGGGACGACGUGCGAGCAGAAUCUACACCAAAGCGGCCGGGAGAAAGCAUCAGUACGUGGGAGAAGAUGAAGAACACCUUCACGCGGAGCGGCAGCACCGGAGGCCGGCGGUCUCGCACGAACAGUCUCAACGCGCGGGAACGGCGGUACAAUACAGACUCCAGUGUGAGCCGCGAGAGCGGCGCGAGCCUGAACAGUGGCAAGGACGCGGUGAAGUCGGACUCUCCGAACGCUGGUGUGUUCGCGAUGCUGCAGUCACAACCUCCGGUCAUGCAAUCCAACUCCGCUUCUGCCUCUGCACAGUCAUUGCCUCCUCUAUCUGCGCCGGCGGGCUCCGUACCGCCGCCUGCUCCGUCUCCCCUCCCUCUACCGUCGUCCGCCGACUAUUUGAAGUACCAGGAUUCGAAGCUUUUCCCCUUCCCCGCUCUCAAGCAGCUCAUUCCUGCCUCCGCCUCUUCACCUGACAUUACUUCCCCUACCAUGGGUUUCCCUAUCCCCCUUGAAGUUGCUGCUAGCAACUCUACGACAGGUUCUGCGAUUACGACAAGGGGCGGCGAAGGGAGCAGAGAGCGGAAGCUUUCGCAUCAAGCGUCAGACAGCCGUCUGUGGGCAAGCUCGAAGCAGAUUGCAUCCGUUCCGUCGAACUCCUCCCAGACGGAUUACUUCAAUACCAGUUCGUCAACGGGCUCAACGGCGCUCGCCAUCUCACCGAGCUCUUCAGGGUCGAAAGGGAAGCUCCCCACCGACCGUGGUGGGGUUCGCGAAUGGCUCAGCAAGUUCGGCAGGUCACGACCGACAACUCCUGGGACCCCGACCACCCCAUUGCCAUUGGUAGGACUACCGAUGCAGCAAAUGGACCUGCCGCCUCGUCUAGACAAGAAGCCAUCCCUCACAGAUCUUCUAAUGCAGCGCAAGGACAGCGAACUGACGUCGCAGAGCUGGAGCAGCGAUGCAUCCAGGACGCCAACGAACGCCAUGAGCGGACAGCGGCUUGGUUCGCACCAGCAAGGAUCCUCUGUCCAGGAGCCUGCUUCAUAUUCUAAUUCCCGCUCCACGGAAGCACUCUCUCCUUCAUCCGCCGCUGCUCCCCGUCAAGAUGUGGAAAACACGAGCUCUCUUGCCUACGCCCUGGGGUUGACUUCUCCCACAUUCGUCCCCCCUCACUCGCCCUCCCCGGGUUUCCCGUCGCCACCUGACCCCCCUUCUUCGACCACGCCUGACCCCCAAUCUUCCUUGGACGACUUUCCCACACGCUCCACCUCCGAGUCUUUCUCGUCCUCAUCACACCAUACACCUGAACCGCCUUCGAGUGGCCCCUCCAUCAGCUCGAUCGUCAUGGAACGACUCGAAGAGAUACUUGGACGUGGCUCAAAGAGCGCGAUAUGGCCAUCGGCGAUUGACGACCCUCCGCGCAGGCUCGUUAUGUCCUCCCCCGUGCUGCAAGUGGCGAACGCGAACACCAUCAAGGAUCGUUUCCUCUUCCUUUUCACUGAUAUUCUCAUCAUCGCCAAGCCCAUCAUCGGCGACGGAGAUGCACUUGUUGACUCCACUUCGCGCAAGGUCGUUGUGAAGAGCGUGGUGCAGCUGAAAGAGCUUCGCUUCAGCAGCGACCGUGACGACGGGCGUGUCAAGACGGGCGCGAACUCUAACGCCAUGCGGCAUCCCAACGUUCGCGAGUUCGUUCAGACGUUCUCAAAGGACCCCGAACAUGCGGUAGCGACACUCCAGGCGAAGACCGGAUCAAGAGACGAGGCGGCGAUUGGCCAGCUCCUCUUCCGCGCAGCAGACAUCGACAAGGCGCGCCUUGGCGAAUACCUGUCAAGACGUUCGUGCAAGGCAGCACUGAGGGCCUUCGUGGAUAAUUUCGGGCUCAUCGGACUGCGCAUCGAUAAAGCGCUCCGCGUCUUCCUCCAGUCACUUCACAUUCCGUCGCGGUCAUCCGCCGGGUACUCGACGGCGCUGGAGUACCUGCUUGACUCCUUCUCGAGCCGGUGGUACGAGGCAAACGCUACGGUCGUCGCGCACGACAAGGACCUCGCGAUUCGUCUUGUUCGCGCCAUCGUGCAGCUCAACGAGGUCCUGCAUGGUGGGAUUGCUCACGAACCUGGGGCGACACAUUAUCCGAUGCGCAACGUCAUUCCCCGUGACUUCGUGGAUGCCUUCAAGCGCUUUGAUCCUCGUCGGCUCGUCUCGGAGGAAGUUCUGAACAAGAUCUACGCCUCCAUCCGUCGCGAAAAGCUCUUCAUGGCUCGACCGCCCGCAAGCGUCGCGACGGAGCCCGACAUAGACGUCUAUAUCAAGCGGCCGCUGCCCCCUCGCCUUACAUACCGCAUGCAGUCGGAACCUGUGGUCCUCCGCAUCCCCCGCCCCGACCCCGACCUGACGAUCCACCUCUUUGGUCAGGAUAUCGUCUUUGACCCUCCUACAUUGACAUUCGCGAGGUCUCCCGAAGCGUCCUUCCGCGUCACAGGUACCGCGCUUGGGGCCAAGUCCAUCGUCAUGUGGCGCGCGGGCCCGAAUGGGCUCGCGUACGCAGGGCUCCCGCUCAGCAGCCCUGUCGUGGUCGAGCGCUCGUUCAUGCGCAACACAUUCCAGGUCGCAUUCAUGAACCACACUGGGCUCAAGCGGCGGUACAUGUUCUCUGUUGACGAUUCAACGAUCCGCCAAUCCUGGACAGAUGCCCUCCGCAUUCAGGUUGGACAGGCAACUGCCCAGCGCUCGCCUCUGAACAGCCGUGCCGCGCAGGCCCUCGCGUUCAAGGUGCUCCAAGACACGCUCAUCGGCGCCGAAGAUGGUUCCGCCGCUUACUCCGUCCCGUACCCAUCCGCCGUCGACCAGGCGCUUACGCGCCUCAACGGCGGUCGGAGCCGCUCCGGGAGCGUGAACAGUAUGCUCGCGCGCAAUGGGUCACGACGCGUCGACCCGGGCAGCGCACAUGCACGAUCCAAGUCACGCAGCCAGCUGUACCGGCAGAACGCGGCGGGCAGGAUGGAGUCGGAGCUGGACGAGGACGAGCCGUCGCUCAGUGGGGGCACACCAGGCUCGGAGGGCCGGGUGUGGAGUAGCCACGACCUGCAGGUCAUCUGUCGGCAGAACAGCUCGAUCCCGGCGGUGCUCGCUCAUCUGCUUGGAGGGCUCGAGGGCAAUGGACACACGAACGGGAACGGGCAUGGGUUCGCGACAUGA